CUGCUAUUUCAGAUGAAAGUUCGGAUUCGGAACCUUCAUAUAUUCAGUUAGAUAAUGACACUAUGAACAACGACUUAGGAUUUUUACAACGGCAACCAGAUAUCAGUAGUAGUACUACAAUUAUGGGUUCAAGUCAACAGCAACUGAAUAAUGGUAGCAGUUUUAUAACAAGAAAUAAAGAUAAUUCUGCCCUUGCAGAUAUUACAAAUAUAGCACCUCAUGAAUACUUACGAAAUGCAGCACGACGGGAUCUUCAGCUUUAUACUGAAGCAAUGAUGAAUCAGAUGCUAAAAAAAAGAAAAAUGGUUGAUUAUCAUAUUGGUGAUCUCAUGCAUAUAAAUGUUCCCAAAAUUGAUCGGUAUAGUACUGAUCGCCCUACACUCCCUUGCAAGAUUAUAAAUAUAGUUGAUAACAAAUAUCAAGUAGCAUGUAAAUUCGGUAUUAUUAAUGUUUGUUAUACAUCUGGUAAGCUUGAGCCUCUUGGAACUAUUGCUUACCUUGAUCUUGAUGAGAUUCCUUCGAAUAAGUUGUCUGUUCGAGAGGCUUCAAGGCUUCAAAAUGCAGGAUUGUUAUCAAAUACAAUAGGUGUAAAUGCAAGCGAACAGGAGGAAGUUGUUCAAGCAAAUGUCAUAGUGGAAAAUCAUGUUCAAAUAAGAACUAGUUUAGCAAAUGAAUUAUUUUAUAAAUAUAGAAAUA